AUGGAAAACAUGGUCGUUGAAAUGAUCAAUAUUGUUGAACAAAUUCAUUCUCAUGCUUUGAUAGAAGAUGCUUGCGACGUGAUGAUUUGGAAGCAGUUUACUAUGGAAGCUUCUGCUUGUCAAAGUUAUUCAGAUCUUGGAGGAUUGGUUCAACGACUGCAAAAGAGCAAAGUGCAGCACUAUAUAACGGAGGAUUGGAAACUGAGUUGUUCUAAGUCUUGGUUUGAUCCAUGCGAGAAGGCAAAAAAUGCAGAAAUAAUUGAGCUGCUAAAUGAGAAUGUAGCACCAGAACCAAAAGUAGGUUAUGUACGGAAGACAUGGAAGCAUGAUGUAAUGAAAUGGUUUUCAAGGAAUCCUUUGUUUUCUAGCAGCAUCGGCUCGCAUCCACAUGCUUCUAGUUAUGGAUUGUGCCAAACAAACUUUCAACUUGGUUUCAGAAGAGGCCUAAACUUCAAAUUCACCAUCCAUGUGCAUGUUCGACGCAUAAAAUGUACGGUGGAGGAGCCCAUUGAAACCGAGUUUCCUAGUCAGUUGAUGAAUGAAUUGAGUGAUAUGGCAGUCAAGGCUGUAGAUUCUGAUAUCUUGCCCGUCACAGAAAUGGUAUCAAAGCCUAUGGAUGAUGAAGAGGCUAUUGAAUUAUUUGUAGAACCUGAUACUGAUAAUACUAAGAGUCGACAGUGUGAAAAGUUUAUCGAAGCCAAGGGAAGGCAAUGUAGAGGACGAGCAAUUGGUAGUGAUAAAUAUUGUUGUGCUCAUUUCUCAAGAAAACCUGCAAAAGAGGAUAAAGCUCCUACCCCAAUGUGUGGAGGUACAACUAUGGCUGGUACUAAAUGCAAGCAUCAUUCACAUCCUGGCUUUUCAUUCUGCAGAAAGCAUUUAAGCAACGUUGAGACCAAAACUAGAUCAAAUUUGAAACGUCGUAGAUCGAAAAGGAAAGCAAAAGUAUACUGCAGUGGUUCGACAUCGAAGAGAAGGGUUCGCGAAGACAUAGGUAUAGCACCUCCGAGAAGUCCAUUGGAUAUUGAUCCGGUAUCGGUCAUUGACGAUGAUUCUAUUAUUGCAAGGAACAUUUUAGGUGAAACACUCGUGCUUUCUGGUAAUGAUUAUAAUGAGGCUCUUCAAUGGAUAGAUUCUCCUCUUAAUGACAAUGAUACUGAUAAUGAUAAUUCAAUUAAGUGUAAGGUAUGUUUUGAAGAAUUUUCCGAUGAUCAAUCACUUUGUAACAAUUGGAUGGAAAAUCAUGAAAGGGAAGCACAUUGGUUAUUCAUGAGUUAUGCUUGUGCAAUUUGUCUUGAUUCCUUCACCAACAAGAAACUAUUGGAAUCUCAUGUUCCGAAUAGACAUCAUGUGCAGUUCAUUGAACACUGCUUGCUUUUAAAAUGUAAUGCUUGUAGUGGUAAUUUUGGAAAUAUGGAUGAAUUCGGGUUGCAUGUUAAAUCAAUCCACUCUUCCGAAUUCAAGGUAUCAAAAGCUCCUAAGCAACUAACAUUGACACAUGGUGAUGAUUCUCUGGAAAUGAUUGAGCACAUAAAUGAAGCUUCUUUGGAAGAACCUCAGCCUAACAAUCUCAAUAUCUUAUCGAUUGCUUGCUCAAAUUCCUGUGAAGUUAAUCUUGAGGCGUCGUUGAUGGAGAAAUAUGGAUAUUUACCAGAAAGACUUAAUUUGAAGGCAUCAGAAGAUUGCAGUGAGAGAGAAAUUCUUGAGAAUUCGCAUCAGGAUGAGAUCCACUCUGUCGCUAGUCCACACUCUUUAAAAUCCAGCUCGUUGCAAAAGGCUAUAGUUUUAUGUGAUUACAUAAGCUUCAGGAAUGAAUCAACUCCAGUGAUUUGUGUAUUGGAUCAAGAAAUUCUCGUUUCUCUUUUUGAGAAAUAG